AUGGGUCUACAGGGACGGGAGCUCGUCUUUCUGUAUGGUCAAGGGCCAGAUCAAGCACUGCCCCCUCCGUGGCUGGCAGAGGGGAGUCCGGAGGGAGGGGGUCGGGACAGGGCAGGGAGGCCCCUGCUCCUGGUGUCAACCACCGAGGGGGCCUGGGAGGCACUGUGGUGCACAGCGUCAGAGGUCACCAAGCUGCUGUCCUACCUGUGCACUGUCCCCAGGUCCUUCCUCCUAGAAAGCCCGGUCCAUCCAGCAAGACUGCCAACUCUGUUUACAACCCACAGGCCUGAAGAUAAAACCAAGGGACUGGCGCUUGUGAUUGAUGCCAGGAAACAGCCCCCACACCCUGGUCUGGUCAGUGCCCUGCAGGCCACCCAGGCUCUGGCCCCAGCCUCCAUCCGUGCUGUGCUCUACCUGGGGGACAAGGAGGCCGCUCUCCAGCUGGAGACACUACCUGACAUCCAGGUAGAGGUGGUGACCUCAUUGAAGGCUCUCAGCCACCACGUGGACCCCGGCCAGCUCCCCCCGGCCCUGGAAGGCCCCCUCCCCUACUGCCACAGCGAGUGGGUGCAAUUCUUUCAGAAGUUGGACCCUUUCCUUGCUGACCUCCGCCGGGCCUCCUCCUUUCUAAAGGCUUCCAUCAGGCAGUUUGAGAAGAGCGACCCCCCUGGAGGGGUGCAGGAGGCCUCCAGGUGUCUGAGCAAGUCCAAGGAGCUGAUGGAGGCCGUGCUGAGGGACCCAGGCCUGCUGGGCCUCCAGCGGGAAGGGGGAGCCACUCUGGCCAGGCUGCGGCAGGAAGCUGGUAGGCUGGACUUCAACCCCGACGUCAGGAGCCAUCUGGCCGAAGCUGUUGCCUUGUACGGCCUCGUGGAUGAGCAGCUGCAUGUCCUGGUCACUGCAUCUAACCACCUCCUGGGGAGGCUAGAGCUCCGCAUCCGCCUGGGCCGCCUGGAAGCUGCCAUCCACCAGGUCAGCAACUGGAUGGAGCAGGAGGGGAGCUUGUGCCUGCAGGUGCUGAGCCCCACAGACAGAAGCUUGGAGACUGUGGAGAAGGCCCAUGCGGAGUUUGAGGACUUCUUCCUUCAGGCUGCAGCCCAGUACCGCCGCGGCCUGGAGCUGUCCAAGCAGGCCGCUCAGCUGGGAGGGACCAGCGAGGCAGGAGGAGCAGAGUCCCGGGAACUGGCAGCCUUCGCCUCCACCCAGCGGGCCUUCCAGGCUAAGCUGACCCACUUCUACAUGGCGGCUGAGCGACAGCGCACAGACCUGGAGACGCUACUCCACCUGCACCACUUCUGCCAGAAGAUGACCUGGUUUCACAUGGACUGUCAGGACCUGAUGAGGCAGCUCAGGCUGGGCAAGGCCCAGAGGGCCAGCCCUGGGGACCAGCGCCGCCUCCACCGCUACCUGCAGCGACUGGCGUCUGAGUUCCCUGCAGAGAAGCUCAUGGCCAUGGGGCUGCAGGUGGCCUCGCUGAGCCAGGAAGGCCUGGGCCAGGAGCUGUGGGAGGAGGCCCAGCUGAGACACGAGGAGAUCCAGACCUUCCUGAAGAAGGCACUGGCCCACUGCCCAUGCCCAGCGGGGCUCACGGCCCGCUCAGCAGCCCCGGAGCUAAAAAGGGUAGCUGCCAGGGGCCAGGGUCUGAAUGGAGAUGUCACUUCCAAGGGAAGGCGGGGCCUGCCCCUCCAGGACUCACGGGGCCUGGAUCGUUCGCCAAAUCCUUGCUGGCCUCGUGCCUCCAGAGAGGGGCAGAACAGAAAUUUGCAGGCAGGCCUUCUGCCCCUGGAAGGCGGCCAGGCUGUAGAGGCUGAUGAAGGCAAAGGCCCCCAUGAGCCAUUUCCCUUUCCAGCCCCUGAGCGCUUCCUUGACCCCCUCUUCUCCUGGCAGGGACUCCUCAGGCAGAGUCAGACCCCCCAUCCCACUGGGGGCAGCUUCUCCUCAGAGGGGACAGACUCACAGAUGUCUCUGGAGGACUCACCCCAGAUAAGUCCCCCUACAUCCCUCUAGCUAGGACCCCCACCAAUGGCACUGGGCUCCAGGGGGUGGCUGAGGAGGGGCCCAGUGACAGGAGGGAGCUGGGGAGCCCUGGCUGAUCUCAUCUGGACGUGGCUCCUGAGCACUCACUGUAUGUUUGGCCCAUGUAGGAGAAAGCAAGAACCUGAACCUGUUCCCAGGUCCCGAAAACUCUAGGAAGACCUGACUCACAAACAGAAUAGUGAGUGUGGAGGGCAAGGCAGGAUACGGUAGAGCCUGGGACUGACUCCACAGCCCCCGUGUCCCAUCGUGGAGAGAGCUGUUGGGACAGACCCUUCCAGAGGGCUCAGUCUUAGGCAAGCCAGACACCUACCUGGAGUCCAGGGGUGCAUAAGCUUACCCUUGGGGACCAUGGGGCAUAGUUGCCAUGAGUGGGGGGAUUCGGGAGCGGCUUCUUAUCUGAGACAAGGGUUCCGGUUCCUGUUUAUUUGGCCAUGAUUUCAGGAACCACUGGUGGAGGAGCAGGGAGGUGAGUGUGGGAAGGGAAUAAAGGGUGUGUUGUCAAGUAAA